AUGACAGCACAAUUAUUUCGCGGAAGGGCAUGUCCAAAAGUAGUCUCCUUCGCAUCCGUUUUUAUCUCGUCACGCAACGCUGCUCGCCAAGAGGAGGAGAAAGGAGCGUUGUGUGACGAGGCAAAAACGGAGGAGACACGAGCGUUGCGCGACGAGACAAGGGAGGCUAGUCCCAAAGGAAAUACUAUACUUCCUUUAGCUGGUUACAUGCAGGUGAUCCGGAGACGAACUCUUACGAAAUGGAGCAAUGUUCAUCUGGAAACAGUUGGCGAAUCGAUCGAUGAUAUUAUCGAUCUCCUAGACAGUGGAGUGACGGCAAAAUUGCUGUCAGUUUUAUCUGGAAGGCGCAUUGCUGUGCCCAUAUUUGAACCUCAGCGGAGGAAACGGCAGUAUGUUGGCUGGAAAAAUGUUUGCAGGUUUCUGGCGAGCCAAGAAUUUCCAGAGGAAUUUAUAGGUAUGAAAAAGUGUUUAAAAAUAUUUAGAUAAACUUCAUAACGUAGACAAUGGAAAAUAACAAUGCUGAAAUCUGAAAAUUGUAUAUCAAAAAUGACAUUGCCGCUCACGCAUAGCAAAUUUUUCAACCGGUAUGUCUCUAAUUAAACCGUUUGGAUCAAAACAAGCGUCAAAAAUUUCCCCAGUUCUCUUUAGCUUUAUCAGUCUUUUUCCGGCAUCAGAGUUUGGUCACAAGAUACGCAGAGCUCUUUUAAAUUUGGUUUAUGAUUACCGUUUAAACACCGCCCUUGAUCAAACGCCGCCGAUGGAAGCAAAAUUACCAAUAAACGCCGCACCUAAUCAGAAGAAUGCGGCGUUUACUCGACGAUAAUAAGAGAAACCUCGGUACAACUUGGUAAUUUACAACGUCCAGACAUUCCUUUAAAUUACAUAAUAUUUACAAACAAUUUACAAAUAACUGUCGCCAGUGAUUUAAGAAAAGUGAUUUCGAAAUAAACGCCCGGCCCUCGAAUAAACUCGCUUGCCGCCCUUGAAUAAACGCCGCAUUAGAAACGCUAAAAAUUUAAUAAACGCCGCGGCGUUUAAUCGAAUAAAUACGGUAGCCUGAGUUUCAGCCGUCUCUCUCUAGGGACGGUGCAACUUGUAGCCUUCGUAUCUCCUGCGAAAGUUCCCUAGCGGUGAGGUGCGAAGAGAUAUACGGCUGUAUUUGAAGGCUAUGCAACUUGAGAAAGCGGUUGAAAUGAAGGCUAGUUUAUGGUAUCCUUUGACCGAUCUGACCUUAUUUUUUUUUUUAAUUUUCUUUUUUGAGUGUACGGUGUACUACCCAUCUUUCUUUUUUGAGUAUACUGAAGGGAGUAUUGGUAGCUUUGGACUAUACUAAUACAUGGCGGCAUACCAUUAAUCCCCUCUCCCAUUCCACCCCUCCUUUGGGCCCCUGGCAGACCCUACACUGAAAAUACUUGAGUUAACACCAUCCGCGCCAAAAUUUGCAAGAGUGACAAUAUACAAUUAUUAAGGUAUUACUGCCCUUUUCAUUAAUUGUAAAUGUUUGUCGCGGUGCAGUAUAUUGAAGAUCACGUCAAUGAAAAUUCUCUCAAAGUUUUACACGGGAGAAAAACAAAGAUUUUAGGGCCUAAUCUUUGUCCCGUCUCGACUCGUAAUGACUCUCUCUUAACUCGCCGAGGCAAGUUUCCCUUUUAAAAACAGUAAAUGCCCUUUUUAAAAGACUUGGAUUAUUUUUUAACUGUUAUUGAAAGUCUUCAUUACAAAAGAAGUUCACGACCCAGAAUCGGGCCCGAGCCCUUUAGUACGCAUGCUUAUCUCUCUCCUAGCACGACGCUACCACGCAAGAUUUACAACAUUCUCGUAGUCUUUUGGUAGAAAUGAGGUCCUUUUAGGGUAAAAUUCCGACAAGGGACACGGCGUUGAAACAGCUGUAUAAGACAGAUGAAAAGGAAAGGCGGGGGGGGGAGGAGAGAUGUUUCCCCCGCUUUCGCGCUUUUCUACCUCCCCCCUCCCCCUUAUCGCCCGCCACGCAGGCUAGAUGAAAGAUAGGUUCAAACUUAAAACGGCGACAGUGACGAAGACAAACGCAAACGCAAUAUUAGUAAAAUACCGACAGGACCUGAUAUAGCGUUCUCCUCAAUACGUGAAACUGAACGGGUUUUGCAAUUCAAACAAGAGACAUACGCACGCCUCGAUCCGAUCCCACCCAUCAAAAAUGCCUUUCGCUAGAACCGAAUGCAGUUGAAAUUUUCAAUGAUGGCGGUACGGUUCUUAAUCCUCAGACAAAAUUAUUUAUAUACUUCAGUUAUUAUUUAGAUUGUUUGUUUUUUUUAGAUCAAGCUUUUUCUGUGAUUGUUGCACAAAAAAUAGUGCGAAAGGUUGUUUUUUUUUUUAUCGCUAAUAGGAAAUUCCAUCUCCUUAUUAAAUAACUCUUAGAAGUUUCAAAGGCUAUAAUCACAUACUGAGUCCAUUUGUUUGUCAUCCGCGGUGGCUUUUUUCUUCCCCACAGCAAGAACUAAAGUGAUUUGCAAUUCAUGAGAGUCUGGCUACAGCAUGUGAAUAUAUUUUUUCCAAGUAUAUAUGCAAAUAUAUACUGUAAAGCCCUUUGACGCCUGGCUGUAUAAAAGUGACAUGUGCUCCAUCUGACAUUACCACAAGCGGAUCUUAGCCUAUAUGACGGCUUAGUUCGCUCAGUUGAACGUUUCUUAAUAUGAUUUAACCACACGGGAGAAAGCCAAAACGGCAGAAAGCCUUAUCUGAGCGCCGUAUGACAAAUUCCCGUCAACUUAUUGCGGAUACACAAGAAACCUCAGAAGAAAACAAAAUUUCGGUUUCAGGUAAUGUUAAUAUAUUUCUCUUCCUAGCUUAAAUCGUCACUUUUAAAAUCAGUUUCUGUACCUUGUUAAAUAUUUUCAUGCCCUGCAACUGCGGAUAUUUUCAACAGCUAUAAGUUAUGAGCUGUGUGUUCAGGGGCACCCAACGAGAAUAUACUUCAAAACCACUUAAACAUAGCAUGGUUAAACGUAUUUUAGUAUUUAAACGUUAGAUAUAGGCAUAUUUUUAUCCCCCAAAAAUUUUUCAUCUGUUCGGAUUUCCUAGCUGAAAGUCUAGUGAUCCGAAAAUUAUAGGGAUCAAAACUUACCUUUUCGAAAAUUUUAGCCAGAAAAAAGGCUCCCGAAAAUUCUAGGUGACCUUUUUAGGGUAAAAAUCCGUUAAAAAUAGGCAAUUAUACCAUUUUUAGAUGUUCGAAAAUCCUAGGAGAGGCAGGCAAGCAAGAAAUUUUACAACAAAUGUUCCGAAAAUUCUAGAUCUCAAAUCGUCUUCCGAACAGAUAUUCUUCCGAAAAUUGUCGUUGGGUACCCCUGUGUGUUCGUUCGCUUUCAACGCAAAUUUUACUUUUAGUAGCUUUGUUUGCCUCUUUCAACGAACAAACGAUUCCAUCAAGCGAGAAAAAAAUCAAACAAUUUUUUACGUUUUAGAGUUUUUUUGUGUACGGAAUAUUUUAUGCCUUCGAUUAUAGCAAAAGCUCUUUUUUCCUGACAUGAAUAAAACUGGGCCAUAGAAAAUCUUUACUCCCAAAUUUCCGUUUCAACGAAAAUAAAAACAGACGAAAGUUUGCCAAUGUAAUGCGUGAAAUUGAAACUUUUAUAAAACCAACCCAGUAGUGUAUCGCUGAGCAGAAAAAAAGUAAAGGAAGAAAAUUAUAAAUUUCUUAGUUUUCUUUAUGCCUGUUUGCAAUUUCAGCUUGACGGAUUUUCGUAGCGAUCCUCCGUGUUCAGACAUGUUUUGUUUACGCUUGAACCGGCUGUUUCUUCCACAUAUGGCGCGGCAAUUUAAAAGGAUACAAAUAAACUUUUUCGGAAAUCCUGAUUCUUCAGGUUAAUAUUUCUUCGUUCAGAGAAAAAAAGCAGCUUGUCUUGUAAAGCCAAGUUUCAAUUUGGCUUAUUUUCUUUUAACUCCAAGGGGAGUUAAGUAUAUUCCUGUCUUCAUUAUAUCACAAAUUAUGUUUUAUUUAUAUUGAUUAACGAUAUUUGUAUGUUUUGGUGAAGUAUUUACACGAAAUCGACGAGAGUUUUUCAACGUAAGUGGCAGAGCUCUCUGUUUUUUAGACCACGAACAAGAUCCCGAAAUUUCAAUCUUAGAAAAUUUUCUGGAAAGGAAAGUAAGAAAACUGGCUAAAAUCAUAAUAGACCACCAGUAAAUUUUGAAAUUCCUACACCUGUGAUUUUCACCUAACGUUCUUUGUAAAGCAAGUUUGGCUGGCAUUUAAAUACGAGAGUAUUUUCGAAUGCAAAUUGAUGGUUGCAAGCUUUAAUAAAGUCUUCUGUUAUUUAAGACCUCGGAACGUGAUGUAAAAUUAAUGCGGAAUUUUUCAAAGUCGCCAGUAAAAAAAUCUAAAAAGGCAAAGAAAAUAUAUAUUGAACAAAAUCAACUCCAGAUUUUUAAUCAUUUCUAACUGGACGGGGCAACUUGUCGUAAGAAAAGAGACAUCAUGGAAAUAAAACUUUAUCUUUUGGGCUUAAAAAAAUGCUGAAUUAUUGGCUCAGCUGCAGAGAGAAAUGUGUUACAACUCAACCGCUUAUAAAAACAAUUAUGAAAUUGGCAGAAGGACAAACAACUGUGUCAGAAGGUUUGGUAGACGGAUGCAAAUUUUUUGUCCGGUACGUGCUAUCAAGGGUUAAAUUGUGAAUAUGGCCACCAGAAGUGUAAAUUAAGAGCAGAAACAUCCAGCAUAAAUUAAAAAGUGAAUGCACAUAAUUCCGUUAAAUAUCAUGUAGCAUGAAAUAUGAGAGGCAUAUACCUGGCUUCAAACAAAACGAAUUUUUGUUUGAUUUGUCACUAUAUUAAUAAUAAUGAUAAUGAUAAUAAUAAUAAUAAUAAUAAUAAUAAUAAUAAUAAUAAUAUAUAUAUUUAGCCACAGCUAAAAGCGAAGCUCCCAUUCAUAAAUUUAUAACUUAAAUCAAACAAUAAUUUUGUAUUCCACAAAUCAGUUAAAGUAAGGGCACAUUCAUGUGACCUUUGAGGGAAAAGCUAAGUGAUUUUGGAGUGACACAAAUGUUGUAUCGCGUUGAUAUAGCCUUAUAUGUACACCCAAAAAAUAGUCUUCGGUCACAUUUAAGAGCAAUGAUGGCUCUUGAUCACAGUAGAUAAGGCGUGCAAAACAAAUUCUUUGAAAACAAAUCAGACCGAAUUUUUUGCGUUCGACAAGUUUACAAAUUCUUGCCAAUAAAUCUGGUUGCGUGCAAACCAAUCUUUUAUUUUUUUUAUACACCACAUCUGAGAAGAAAGAGUACUAUGAGGCGCUGUUUUUAUCAUACAGACGUCGUACAAAAUACAGUAUUUCACAAUUUUUCAAGACAAAUUGCAUUCAUUCAAUAUUCAGGACCAUAGAGGCAAGCGUGGACUUUUAAUUAGCGAAACCGUUCAAAAAAUUUCCAAAAUCACCUAUACGGCCAGCCGGUUCUAACUUUUGACAAGCACCAAAUUUGCGAAGAAAUUUUACAAGAGUUACGCUUCAACGUGAUAAAGAAUUUACUGAGUCUAUUUUUUAUUAACGGUUUUAUAACGAUGUGUAAUCUUAAAAAGCGUUUGAUACGCUUGGCAUUUUGAGUACUCCUGCGAGCGAUGUUUAUGAACGCAUGAAAACAAACGGCAAAGCGAUGAAAAUUACACUUUUGAGACUACCAAAAAUCAAUAAAGAAAAAUAAUUCCAUAGAACAUUUACAGAGACAACAAUUUUCAUUCACGAAAACAAAUGAGUAUUUAAGUGUGUCUAAGAAUCCUCAAGUCUUUACUAGUAAGCUUAAAGUUUAUGUUUUAAGCCGCCGGUUUCCCGGUGUUGGCUGUUUUCAAAGAUGAACUCACGAAAAGAAAAUCGUUCAAAGCUUUCUUUCUACAGCCAAAAUUAUAACUAAAUAUUCUUCGGAAAGUUUUUUCUUUCUAUUUAAGGUGAAUUAAUAUCGACUAGAGUCUUUUUAAAGUUCUGUAAGCUUAAGCUUAUAUCAAACCUCAUACGAGGUCAGAUCAGUGUCUCAGUCAAAUCUUAAUACAAACGUGCAUAAACUAGCUUCAUAAACUGCGCCGCUGGACUUCAUGAAAUUAUAUUUAAAUAAAGUAAUUACUCAGGCUUACCAUAUUUCGAGAUGCAGCUCCUGAAAGCUAUCAAGUAAGGCAAGGAUCGCUUGAGCCUUUAUAAUACUCGUACGCAUCCAGCAAGGUGAAAAACAAAAACGAUGCCAUCCGAAAUCGGAUUAUCGGCUUUGACAAGCGACGCAUUUUUCUACCAAAAACCCAAUAAACAAACCAGCCAUGAAUAAGAGAACACUCUUGAUAGCAGCUGUAUUUCAUUUUGCACAUCCAGUGGAAAAGACAGUUAAAAACAUCACAAGUUGACUCAAAACUCUGUCAGCUUCAGCUGUAAAGUAAACAACUUUCAAGAUGCUGCAUAAAUUUUACGCAUGAACUCUCCUGUCAAAUUUUGACCAAUCAGAGCAUAAAAAUUGGACGUGGAGCGUGACCAACACGUGCCCAUGGUAAGAAAAGGUCUUCCAAGGUCUUCCCCGCCUGUAUUUUAAAAACACUGGCUGAAUUUUUGCGUCUGAAGUCAGUUUGAAAUCAAAAUCGUAAUAAUGCGGGGCGAUACUGACAUAAACACAACAUAUUUGAUAUGAAUUUAAAACAAAAGUAAACGUGAGCCUGCGAUCAUUUGAAAACGAGUAAAUUGUCAGCGGAUAACUUCAAAAAAAUACUCGACCUCCAUGGGUCGACACCUGAGCCCGCGAUUCAGUCAAGUGAUAGUGGUCAGCGGAUACCCUGUUUUGACAGCUGUCAAUUGCUGACAACAUUGAUGUGCAAUCAGCUUUCUCCUGGGCUCCCAAAGUAGCUAGAAAGUGUGAGAGUAAACAUUGGUAUGCCUGUGGUGCGGACGGACGGUCGGUCGGUCGGUCGGUCGGUCGAUCACGUGAUUACCAAAUUUUCUGGUAUGGGUAGAUUUCCUUAGCAAUGGGGCUCCGCCCACGCGCGCGCGCUUCGCGCGCGCGUGGAGCUCCGCUAAUAAUAAUAAUAAUAUUUUAUUCGAACACCUCUUACGAAAAAUCGUUGGAACCUGGUUAUUAUUUAGAUAACGCUUCAAACGCUCGUUUUAUGUGCAUGUGAAAUGUUACGUCUCCACCCCCCAACCCGUGGGGGGCGCGGGGGAGUGAGAGUCUCUCUCCCCAGCCCCCCCCCCCCCGCGGGUUAGGGAGUGGGGACGUAUGACAUUUCAGACUAGUUUUAUUUAUCUUUUCAAUAAUCACUAUGCCCAGCUUAUAUGGGAAAAGGAAAAAUCGUGAAACGCCGCUCUUCAGUAACGCAUGCGCACGCACGCUUGCCAUCCUUUAUCUACCCAUAACCCUUUGCCGGUUGUUACUGCUGCAUUAGCGUAUAUACUAAGGCAUUAUGGGCCUAUUUUCAAGUUACGGAAAUUGGCCUAUGACCUUGCAUUUAUUCACAUGCUUUAACCACGACAUUUCACUCGGAUGAAACCGCAAAUCGCCAGACCUCCUAGUCUCCUCGGAUAAGGACGAAAAAGCUCUCUUAGCUUACUUUCUCUUGGGAAAGAUUAACUGUGUCAUAUUCUUUAUUUUUAAUAUUUCAGACCCAGACAAUUUCAUUGAAGGAAACAUUGACUUUAUAAUAGCUUUUGUUUGGAACUUGGUGCUGUAUUAUCUUAUAAUUCCCCUGCAAAUCAUGUUUGGAAAAACGCAGACUUCAGCCAGAGACUUCGUCCUAUCUUGGGUUCGUGAAAAGCUUCCAGACCGAAAUGUAACAAACUUUGAUAAAGACUGGAAGGACGGGGUGUUGAUAUGUGAAUUGGUGAACGCGACUCAGCCUGGUUUAAUUCCUCCAAAACUUUAUGCUGACAAAUCUAAUGGCGAAGGAAACGCAAAGCUAGGGAUGCAGAUUGCGCAUGACGCGUUCGGAAUACCGCAGGUCAUUUCCUCAUUUGACUUGGCGUCUGGACAACUAGACGAACUCAGUCUUUUAACUUACUUAGCGCUAUUUUGCAAGUACGAGAGCCUGCACAAAGGCACUGGGAGCGGAAAAAGUCAGAGUGCACGGCGAGGGACCUCGGAUCAAGACAUUGCAUGUAAGGCUUAUGGCGCAGGGCUGAGAUCGAGUGAGCUGGGAAAAGUUGCUGAGUUUGUAGUGGAGUUAAACGGUGCGAAACCCACUGAUAUAACCAUUGCAAUCGAAUGUAAGCCACUUCGAGGAGCCGUACAUGACGAUAAACCUGAUCUUAGCGUAAAACCCGUUAACAAGAAUACUUACUGUGUGAAAUACUUGCCUACCAGACCUGGAGAUUACGUCAUCAGUAUUCUACACUGUGGGGCGCACAUACUCAGAAGUCCGUUUUAUCUCACAGUUCCUGCGCCAAAUGGUGUACACACUCCAAAGGCGCCCUCGAAGUUUCACGCACAAGACCUUUUGGAUGGGACCUCAUCUAAUGGGCUUAAAAUGUCUCCAAAUGGUAGUCAUUCAGGAGCUUCUAGCCCAUCUACAAGCCAGACGAGCUCCCCAUAUCAAUCUUCAGAUGAAGAAAUGAAAAACCACCCACUCAAUCCUCCCUCCUUGAACAGUUCAUCUUCACCGCCCAGAAUUCCGGUGAACACCGCAGAUGGACCAGGCUUGAUUGCAGGCGAGGUUGGACGUGUUGGUAAAUUUUCUGUUACCACUGACAACUCUACAAAAGGCCCCUUGAGCGUCUGCAUUAGCUGUCCAGCCGUUUCAAUCCCUGUUCCUUACGUCAAAAGCGUCAAGAAAGACGGUUUCACCGAUCACACCGUGCUGUACAUUCCCACGGAACCUGGAGCUUACGAAGUGUUUAUCAAAUGGGGUGACCUGCCAAUCAAUGGGAGCCCCUUUAAAGUUUACAUCAACAACGUGUCAGAAGAUGGCCUCGUCGACGGGAUCACCCGCGGGAAAGAAGACCUGGGCGGGCGAGGAAGAAUUCGGGUGUACUACGCAGCAACAUCUACCAAUCUGAAGGUUCGCAAGGACAACGAACUGCUAGGAAAAUUCUUAAAAGAGAAAGCCAUCUCUAGCCGACCUGACUUUGAUCCAUGGAUUGCUCUUGAUGUUGGAAUGAGCAAGGUGGAGAGGGACAAAGUCUUUUCCAAGGCUGGUACCAGGAAAACGCCUAUGGUGUUCGCUAAUGAUGUGUUUAUAGGAGGCUACGAGGACGUCUUCAUUAUGGAUAAACAGGGAUUGUUUGAAAAGUACUUGAAGUAACGGUGGCCAGCAAAAUACGUGACUGUUAAGAGAGCCUGCUAUACUAGUGCUUUUGGAAGUGAGCCAGUUCAACAGUGGCAACAACCUCAGGUUAGUCAGUAGCUAGAGACCGUCAGUUUCUACGACGAGAACGACUACGAGUACAAGAUUUGACUUCAUGUUUUUUUUGAGUAAUCUCAAAUAUAAGACACCCUGGAAAGCUUCCUUGCACUUAUUUUCAUUCAUAUAAAGAAUUAGCACUGUUAUCUUUAUUGAAGAAGGUUAAGCCAUCAUCCGGCAGCAAAAUGAUAGGACCUCAAACACUGGAAACUUGUUACCGCCAACACAACAUCCUCGCUAAACUCGUAGUAGAUAGACCACGGGAGCGAUCCAUUCAACCAAAAUUUCCGGAAAUCUCAGUCCAAAACUCAAUGGAUCGGUUCGGUCCAACUGGAAAAGUUUCGAAAGGUGGACCACUUUUCGCGGUCAGACCGGUGUGAAUUUUGGUUGAAUGGAUCACGCCCCACGGCUACAACGUUUUCUCGUCAAAAUGACGAAAGUUCACGCGCGCGCACCACCUUGUAUUGAGAAAAUCUCGUACUCGUAGUCGUACUCAUGUUAGAAUCCAAAGGUCUCUGUUGGUAACCCAGUUUAAAAUAACAAGGCAAUUAUUAUGAAAAUGCAAGAGCCGAUUACUGAAAGAGGUGACCGGUAAUGAGACUCUUGAGGAAAUAUUCAUUAACAGUAAUGCACGAAUAUACCGCUUGAUGACUGUGAUAAUAACGUUUACUAAAUAUCUUUUUGUUCGACUAAGGAGACCCCAUGCUAAUGCAGGAAUAGUGGAGAAGAUUUGCCUUGAAUCCUUAUCUAUAUAAUCACAUUGAAUUGGCACGUUGAUGCAUUUCGGUCCUUGGACCGCCUUCGCGCGUCGAAUGCACUCUUAGUUGGUUCUCUUUCAGAGAGAUGAUUUAACUUAGAAGGUAUCCAGCCUACACACAGCCGAUACGCUGUAUUUUCAAUGGCCCAAUUCACCAGCACGGUAGAAUUGAAAAAAAUAUAUAUGAUGAUAUUGUGCAAAGCGAAAUAUAAUGUUACGUCCGUGCCUUUUUGGGAAACAGAGUAGCAUGGGAUAGCAUGCUUUGACUAAGAGGUAAUAUUUAUCAGAGAUAUUUCGGCUCCGAUGAAGAGCAACCAGUAGCAUAGACGCUUCUGGUGUAACCUAUAGACGUCUAUUGUCUAUUUGACCUUUCCUAACACCAACAAUUUAUGUGGUACGAAGAGUAAGAAUUGAAGCCGAAAAUUGCAAGGAACUAUGACAACAGAACCAUCGAUUUGAAUAAGUUAUUUGGUGUUCAAUAAUCUAGAAAAUACCAGAACCACGUAUCACAUCAUUACAGGAAAGGUUUCCGCUUACGGUGCGUCACUUAGGUUUGCUAUGCUGCCUAAGUUGAAGGUCCUACAAAGUAACAUAACUAAGUCAAUUAGUUAAUUUAAAUCAUUUAUUUCAGUCUUGAAAGUAACAUCUAGAUAAUACUUAAAUAUUAUUUAUUAUAGUACGAUUUAUGUACGUUUUGAAUGUGGUACCGCAUUUUGUUUUUCUUACUGAUCGGCCGGUAAAAAAGAGCACAUUGAAUGAUCUCGUCUCAUUUCAGGUUGUCCUGAAAACAUGCAAAUGCAACUAUUUAAUUAUACAGUAUGUUCCAUGAUUAGUAGUUUAUUUGAUUCAGUAAGACUGAAGUUAAAAAGUGAAGAUAAAUAGAUUAAUCUUACGAAGAAUAUAGAACUUCAAAUAUAUAUGGUAAUAUAUUUAAAGAGUAUCUGAAUGUGGGAUACUGCGCUGUAACGAAAUUGUAUUAGGCUUAUAGGGAG